AUGCAUUGGAAAUGGAAAAAUUGUCCAACAGCAUGGUCUGGGCAAUACACAGGACGUAGUGGGUCACCAACUAUUAUCCUCGAAGCUGUGGCAGAUUAUGAUCUUUGGAUAUGGCACGCAUAUUUUGGUAUGCCAGGCACCAAUAAUGAUAUCAAUGUGCUGGAGUCAUCUAAUCUUUUAUCUAACCUAGCUCAAGGUAUUGCUCCUCCCGCUCACUAUGUUAUUCAAGGAAAAGAGUAUAAUAUGGGUUAUUAUUUAGUUGAUGGUAUAUAUCCGAAAUGGGCUACUAUUGUACAAACAAUCCAACAGCCACAAGGUAGGAAGAAAAAAUAUUUUGCCAUGAAACAGGAAGCAUGUAGAAAAGAUGUAGAACGUGCGUUCGGAGUUCUCCAAUCACGAUUUGCAAUCGUGGCAGGAUCAGCACGUUUUUGGAAAAAACAUGUAUUACAUGACAUAAUGACUGCAUGCAUUAUUAUGCACAAUAUGAUAAUCGAGGAUGAACGUGAUCUUUAUGCACCAAUUCAAGAAGUAAGGGAAGCACCAACACCAGAAGUUGAUAUGGUAGCAGAUGAAACUAUAAGAUUUACUCAAUUUAUUGCACGUUACGAAAAAAAUCAAGGAUAA